UAUCAUGUCUCGCUACUCCCAGCAACCUGCCUUUGCCAUUGCCAAUUGCCACCAGCACCCUCCACCCUCUCCAAUUUAAAGCAAGCAACGGGCAACGCACCGUCUCGCUCGCCUCGCCUCGCCUCCGGUCUCGACUGUUACAUCCACGAGCUGGUCACGCUGCCGACGAGCUCAGGGAGGUGAAGUAGCUAGCUCGGUUUCCCUAUUCUCGCGACACCGUCGCGGCGGCGCGCGGCGGAGGCGGCGACGACGACGACAUGGGUCGGGGCCGCAGCGAGAUAAAGCGGAUCGAGAACCCCACGCAGCGGCAGUCCACCUUCUACAAGCGCCGGGACGGCCUCUUCAAGAAGGCGAGGGAGCUCUCCGUCCUGUGCGACGUCGACCUGCUGCUGCUCCUCUUCUCCACCUCCGGCAAGCUCUACCACUACCUCUCCCCCACCGUCCCCUCUGUGAAGGACAUGGUCGAGAGGUACGAGGCCGCGACGCACACCAAGGCCUGGACCGACAUUCGCCAGGAGCGGCGCGCGGAGCUGGAGAAGGUGGAGCAGAUGUGCGAUCUGAUGGAGAAGGAGCUGCGGUUCAUGACGGUGGACGACGGGGAGCAGUACACGGUGCCGUCGCUGGAGCUGCUGGAGCACAACCUGGAGGCGGCCGUGCACAAGGUGCGCUCCGAGAAGGACCGCAAGAUCGGCGGCGAGAUCAGCUACCUCGAGAACAUCAUCAGAGGACGCCACGAGGAGCGCUACGGGUUGUGCGACCAGCUUGCUCAUUCUCAGGCCUCGAACAACAACGGGGAAGGAGGGUCGGCCCCACCAAGCAGCGGCCUGGAACUCAAACUGGGUACAAUGCAAUCCUUAUGCCACCUUCUCAACUUCGAUUCAGAUUUCAGACCAACUAUUUUCAGUACCUAACCUGAAGCUUUGUGCAAACAAGUGCAGGUUUCAACUAACGCUGGCUGGAAGCUCGAGGAUGGAUCGAAGAUUAUGCUCUGGUUUCAUCAAAAAAAAGAUUAUGCUCUGUAUCUCUAUACUGUUUUGAGAACUUGCAUGCUAUGUUUCGAGUCUUGAGUGGUUGUUGUCCACAGUUGUCCUAGUAGAUCAAACAAG